CCGUGGCAGGGAAGUUCCCUCGGCGGCCUUGCGGGGAGCAGUUCUAGGGAGUGGAAUCACCCGCUAGGCUCCGGAGGGGCGGGACCCAGCCCGGAAGAACCCUGCGGCGACACAGAAGUGCCGGCAGGGGGCGCGGGCUGCCGGGCCACCCCCGGGACUAAAGGCCGGUGGUCCCUCCCAGGUCUGGUGUGCGGCGUGGCCGCGCCGCCCGAUCCCCUGCCCCCCCACUCUCACCUCGUCACCUCCCCCGCCCUGUCGGCGGGCCUCUGAGGUGCGCGGCGCAGGCGCGGAGCGAGGUGGCAUUUUUUACCAUCUGUGAAAAUUUCCCUAUAGUUCAUUUCUCCUCACUACAGUGUUAAGAAUUAUACCAAAUUGUAAAGAUAUGAAUGAAUAUCCUAAAAAAAGAAAAAGGAAGACAUUACACCCUUCUCGUUACUCAGAUUCGUCUGGAAUAAGCAGAAUUGCAGAUGGAUUCAAUGGAAUUUUUUCUGAUCAUUGUUACAGUGUUUGUUCUAUGAGACAACCGGACUUAAAAUACUUUGACAACAAAGAUGAUGAUUCUGAUACAGAGACAUCAAAUGACUUGCCAAAAUUUACAGAUGGAAUCAAGGCCAGAAAUAGAAAUCAAAACUACCUGGUUCCCAGUCCUGUACUUCGAAUUCUAGACCACACUGCCUUUUCUACAGAAAAAUCUGCUGAUAUUGAAAUUUGUGAUGAAGAGUGUGACUCACCUGAGUCAGUCAACCAACAGACGCAAGAGGAAAAUCCUAUAGAAGUUCACACUGCUGAAGAUGUUCCAAUUGCUGCAGAAGUACAUGCAAUUUCUGAAGAUUAUGAUAUAGAGACAGAAAACAAUUCCUCAGAAAGUCUUCAAGACCAAACUGAUGAGGAGCCACCAGCUAAACUUUGCAAAAUUCUUGACAAGAGCCAAGCUCUGAAUGUGACUGCCCAACAGAAGUGGCCUUUACUGAGAGCCAAUAGCAGUGGUCUCUAUAAGUGUGAACUUUGUGAGUUCAAUAGCAAAUAUUUUUCUGAUUUAAAGCAGCAUAUGAUCCUGAAGCAUAAGCGUACUGAUUCAAAUGUGUGUCGAGUAUGCAAGGAAAGUUUCUCUACCAACAUGCUUUUGAUCGAACAUGCCAAACUGCAUGAAGAGGAUCCCUACAUUUGUAAAUACUGUGAUUAUAAAACAGUGAUUUUUGAGAACCUCAGCCAGCACAUUGCAGACACCCAUUUUAGUGACCACCUCUAUUGGUGUGAGCAGUGCGAUGUACAGUUCUCCUCAAGCAGUGAACUCUACCUACAUUUCCAGGAGCACAGCUGUGAUGAACAGUACUUGUGUCAGUUUUGUGAACAUGAAACAAAUGAUCCAGAAGACUUGCAUAGCCAUGUGGUAAAUGAACAUGCAUGUAAAUUAAUUGAGUUGAGUGAUAAGUAUAACAAUGGAGAACAUGGACAGUACAGCCUCUUAAGCAAAAUUACCUUUGACAAAUGUAAAAACUUCUUUGUGUGUCAAGUAUGUGGUUUUCGGAGUAGACUUCAUACAAAUGUUAACAGGCAUGUUGCUAUUGAACAUACUAAAAUUUUUCCUCAUGUUUGUGAUGACUGUGGGAAAGGCUUUUCAAGUAUGCUAGAAUAUUGCAAACAUUUAAAUUCACAUUUAUCUGAAGGGAUUUAUUUAUGUCAAUACUGUGAAUAUUCAACAGGACAAAUUGAAGAUCUUAAAAUCCAUCUAGAUUUCAAGCAUUCAGCUGACUUACCUCAUAAAUGUAGUGACUGCUUGAUGAGGUUUGGAAAUGAAAGGGAAUUAAUAAGUCACCUUCCAGUCCAUGAGACGACUUGAUUAUUUUCUUUACCUGCCAUAAUGUUAAUGUAAAAUAAUAAAUUUGACUUUUUUGGA